AACACUUCAGUUUGUGACUGCAAGGUUGCUGUUGAUUAAAAAUAAAAUAAAAAGACCAGCAUUAAGCUUAAUGCACUUGAUUUGCUUAAAGACUUAUUUAAAAGGCUGCCGUCGUUACCUAGCAAGUAGUCACUGGACUCCAUGGGACUGACUUCUGAGUAGACAGUGUGUUGAAUUGCACUUCCUAUUUAUUCUUGGCGGUCUUUUAAAGAACGUUUCUCUGCCUGUUCUCUUCUCCUGUUUUCUCUAUUCGGGUUGCCUCCCUUUCUUUCCCUCCUCUCCUUUGCUUGGCCUGCUUGUCAGCAGGAGCAAAGUUCAGGGUUGGUUUUCAAAAGACACAGGCUUAUUUCUCAACUACAUUUUUGUUUUGGAGGCUCUCUCUUGGGUGGGCUUCUGCGAGUAUUGAAAGUGAGAUCAAGGUGCUUACAGAUUGAGCCUCGCUGAGCGUUUUAAGUUUCUGAGCCUUGCAGAUAAUUUUCUCCUAACAACACAGUAUGGGGGAAGAAGUGUGUGUCCUGGGAGGGCCAGGAUCCAGUGGCUUGGUGAGGAGGAGAGAGCAGGUGGCACCACAGUGACUUCCAAGAUAUUUCAGCCAUGAGCAACCCUUUUGCACAUCUGGCGGAACCGCUGGACCCGAGCCAAGCGACAAAAAAAUUCUUCAAUUUGAACCGCCUGGGAGACCCAAGAUAUGAACGUUUGCCGUUCUCUAUCAGAGUGUUGCUGGAGGCCUCAGUCCGCAACUGUGAUGAGUUCCUGGUAAAGAAGGGAGAUGUUGAAAACAUCCUAAACUGGAACGCGAUGCAACACAAGAACAUCGAAGUGCCAUUUAAGCCCGCCCGAGUUAUUCUACAAGACUUUACCGGUGUCCCAGCAGUGGUGGAUUUUGCUGCUAUGCGUGAUGCUGUGAAGGCCCUGGACGGAGACCCGGAAAAAAUCAACCCCAUCUGCCCUGCUGAUUUAGUAAUUGAUCAUUCCAUCCAGGUUGACUUUAAUAAAAGGCCAGACAGUUUGCAGAAGAAUCAAGACCUGGAGUUUGAGAGGAACAAAGAAAGAUUUGAGUUCUUGAAGUGGGGCUCCCAAGCCUUCCAGAACAUGAGGAUUAUUCCCCCGGGCUCUGGGAUUGUCCAUCAAGUGAAUCUGGAGUAUUUGGCAAGAGUUGUCUUCGAUCAGAGUGGAUACUAUUAUCCAGACAGCGUGGUGGGCACUGAUUCACAUACCACAAUGAUUAAUGGCUUAGGCGUCCUUGGCUGGGGCGUGGGGGGAAUUGAAGCAGAAGCGGUGAUGCUGGGCCAGCCGAUCAGCAUGGUGCUUCCUGAGGUGAUCGGCUACAAAUUGAUAGGUAGCCCUCAACCACUUGUCACAUCCACUGACAUCGUGCUCACUGUCACCAAGCACCUCCGCCAGGUUGGGGUCGUGGGUAGAUUUGUUGAGUUCUUUGGGCCUGGGGUGACUCAGCUGUCCAUCGCUGAUCGAGCCACCAUUGCCAACAUGUGCCCGGAAUAUGGAGCAACUGCUGCCUUCUUCCCAGUUGAUGAAGUUAGCAUCAAGUACCUUCUCCAAACAGGCCGCGAUGAAGAUAAGAUUAGGUACAUAAGAAAAUACCUUGAGGCUGCAGGAAUGUUUAGAGAUUUCAGUAACUCGUCGCAGGAUCCCGAUUUUACACAGAUUGUGGAGUUGGAUCUGCAAACAGUUGCUCCAUGUUGCAGUGGCCCUAAAAGACCACAGGACAAGGUCGUGGUCUCUGAAAUGAAGAAGGAUUUUGAGAACUGCCUGGGAGCUAAACAAGGGUUUAAAGGCUUCCAAAUUGCCCCUGCCCAGCAUAACAACCAAGUGAAAUUUGUUUACAACGAUAAGGAGUUCGAACUUACACAUGGCUCAGUGGUGAUUGCGGCCAUUACUAGCUGCACCAACACAAGUAAUCCUUCGGUUAUGCUGGGAGCAGGAUUGCUUGCAAAGAAAGCUGUAGAAGCCGGACUGACCGUGAAGCCAUACAUUAAAACUAGCCUGUCUCCAGGAAGUGGGGUUGUGACCUACUAUCUGAGAGAGAGUGGAGUCUUGCCAUACCUUGUUCAACUAGGGUUUGAUGUGGUAGGUUAUGGAUGUAUGACAUGCAUAGGCAACAGCGGGCCUCUGCCAGAACCAGUUGUCGAAGCCAUUACUCAGGGAGACCUUGUAGCUGUGGGCGUCCUCUCUGGAAACAGAAACUUUGAGGGCCGUGUCCACCCCAAUACUCGUGCCAAUUACCUGGCCUCCCCGCCAUUGGUAAUAGCAUAUGCCAUUGCGGGGACCAUAAGGAUUGACUUUGAGAAGGAACCUCUAGGUGUAAACGCACAAGGGAAGAAGAUCUUUUUAAGAGACAUUUGGCCCAUGAGGGAUGAGAUCCAAGCUGUUGAGCGCCAGUAUGUCAUUCCAGGGAUGUUUAAAGAGGUCUACCAGAAAAUUGAGACAGUAAACAAAGCUUGGAAUGCAUUAGAUGUUCCAGCAGACAAGCUAUAUGCUUGGGACCCCAAAUCCACAUAUAUUAAAUCACCUCCAUUUUUUGAAAAUCUGACUGUGGAGCUCCCGCCACUGAAAUCCAUAGUUGACGCCUACGUCCUGCUCAAUCUUGGUGACUCUGUGACCACGGAUCACAUCUCUCCUGCUGGGAACAUAGCAAGAAACAGCCCAGCUGCUCGUUAUUUAACCAGCAGAGGCCUAACUGCCAGAGAGUUCAACUCGUACGGUUCGCGCCGGGGCAACGACGCCGUAAUGGCUAGGGGAACGUUUGCAAACAUACGCCUGCUGAACAAAUUUCUCGACAAGCAGGCCCCGCAAACUAUCCACUUCCCGUCUGAUGAAACUCUUGACGUGUUUGAUGCUUCCGAGAGGUACCAGCAAGCAGGCCUCCCACUUAUCGUGCUGGCUGGCAAGGAGUAUGGCUCCGGGAGCUCCCGAGACUGGGCUGCGAAAGGGCCUUUUCUGCUGGGCAUCAAAGCUGUCCUCGCAGAGAGCUACGAGCGGAUCCACCGCAGUAAUCUUGUGGGAAUGGGAGUGAUUCCUCUGCAGUAUUUGCCUGGCGAGGAUGCGGAUAGUCUUGGGCUGACGGGGCGGGAACGCUACACAAUCAUCAUUCCCGAGUCGAUAGUGCCCAGAAUGAACGUCCAGAUCAAACUGGAUACGGGGAAAACCUUCCAAGCCACCAUGAGGUUUGACACAGACGUGGAGCUUACCUAUUUCCGUAAUGGCGGCAUCUUGAACUAUAUGAUUCGCAAAAUGGCUGCCUAGUCUCAAGAUGCAGCCGUGCCACUGUCCAGUUAUCAUGAAAUCUGCCUUUUCGUGAUGAGAAAUUCACAGUAAUCGUGGGGAGGCUACACAAAUAUUGUCUGAAACCUGUGUUGGUUGUAUUUCAAGGUGGUUAUUUUUACAACCAUUAGAAUGGGAGCCUAAAUGCCUUGACUACCCGACCACCAUUGACCUCAUCCUGCCUCCAGUACCUUAUUUUGUGUGGGCGAGUAGAAUGAGAAAUUCUGAUUGGCGCAGGGCUCACCCUUAGCUUCUCCAAUAUUUCGUAUAGUAACAGACAGUUGUUUUUUGUUCCAUGUGCCUGAGAGAUGAAAUAAUCAAGUAUGAUGGUCUCAUAUCUGUUGAAAAUCUAAUACUGCUAAAAUUAUUAAAUGGCUUAGCUCUUAUAUCUGAGAGGGUGAGUGCUCUCUCCUUCUAUGAUCAUCUGUGAGGUGCAGGGAGAAUGAAAGACCAUUUAUAAUAAAAUUUAAUCUAUUUUCAAAAAAA